AUGAGUUUAGAGAGAUCGAGUACCAGUUCCUCACCCCCAAGGAGGCGUCAUGGGCUUAGAUUAGAGACUAUUCCAUUAGAUUCCAAAUCUGGCCAAGAACUUGAUUCACAAUUUGAGAAGGAUGAUGACUUUAAGUUUAAAAGACAUCAUAGAUCUACUGGGUUAGGUCAAAGGUUUGAUAGUUUACAAGAUGUUAAAAGGGCUAAAAGGGUAGAGAAUUUUAACUCCUCCAUGGCAUAUAAUGGAUCUCAAUCUCCACAUUUACCUUACAUGUACUAUUAUCCAAUGGCACAUCCGGCGAUGGCCCCUCCUCCAAUGGCACCACCACCACCACCACCGCCACAACAACCAAUAACGUUCCAAUCACCUUCAGCUUCAAUGAUGCCCAAUUCUUCAUUGCAACCUUUUUACCAAGAAACUCCUCAAUUGCUACCACCACCAAAUCUUUACCCAUACCAUUUUGUACAACAGGAUUCACCAAGACAUAGUAGACGUAGGAGAGAACACAGACGUCGUGAAGAAGAUGAACCAAGAGUGAUACACUCCCCAAGUAAAGAUUUGCCAGAGGAAGAUUUUUACAGACACAUCGGCGAUACUUCGUUCGGUAAAAGUCUUCAGAUUAGACAACUAUUCAACUGGUGUAUUAUUAGAUCCUUGCGCAAUAAAGAAUCACAACCUUCAGCCCCAACGGAUGGGUUAGAUGCAAACAGAAUUGCACUCACCAUAGUUAAAGAGUUUGUGAAUGAUUUACGCAAUGGCAAGAUCAGUAUAGAUUGGGAAGCGGAAGAAAGUGAUGGUAGUGGUGAUAUUCAUAAUGAUAAUGAUGACGAAGAUACAGAGCUAAAGGAAUUGUUUGCAGAAGAUGGAAAUCUACGUUUGCCCAAAAAGGAGUCCAAAAAUGAUCGAUCCACGAUGCCCAAUGUUAAAAACAUUGAGAAUCAAAAAAAUUUAGCCGACUUGGAGUCUAAAAUCGAAAGUAUACGAAGGGAAAUCCAGGAUUGGGCUCAUGUACUUGAUUCUCAAAAGAUUGAAUCAGAAUGGUCACAAAUACGACGAGUCACAAUCCCACAAGAACAGCAAAAGGAAGAACCCUUACAGGACGACAGUUCCACUUAUGAAGACUUGGUACAAAGAAUUGAUAAACUGAAAUUACACACACAUUUGCUCGAAUCUCAUGCUGAUGCACUUUCAGAAGUAUCAAACAAGAAAAUCGAUAUACUUUCAAAGGACUUUGUCAAGGUAAACCAUUCUCGUCAAAUCAAUGCGAAGGGCCUCUUAAAAGGAUUAAGUAACUCCUUGGUAGAAUAA